AUGUCGAACGACUCUGCCCUGUUCGAGCCCAUCACGGUCGGCGACAUGCGCCUGUCGCACCGCAUCGUCAUGGCGCCCUUGACCCGGUUCCGCGCCUCGGACGACCACGUCCACCAGGAGGUCGCCGCCGAGUACUACUCGCAGCGCGCCUCGACGCCGGGCACGCUCCUCAUCACCGAGGCGACCUUUAUCGACCCCAAGGCGUCCGGGUACGCCAAUGUGCCGGGCAUCUGGACCGACGAGCAGGUCAAGGGGUGGAAGCGCGUCGUCGACGCCGUCCACGCAAAGGGCUGCAAGAUCUUCCUCCAGCUUUGGGCGCUCGGGAGGGCCGCCGACGCCGACAACCUGCGCAAGGAGACGGGCGAGGACGUCCAGUCGGCGAGCGACGUCGCGUUCGAGGGCGGCGCCAAGCCUCGACCGCUCACCAAGGACGAGAUCAAGGAGUACGUUGGCUUCUACGCACGAGCCGCCAAGAAAUUCGUCGAGCAGGCAGGAGGUGACGGCGUCGAGUGCCAUAACGCAAACGGCUACCUCCUCGACCAGUUCCUCCAGACCGUGUCGAACAAGCGCACCGACGAGUACGGCGGCUCGGUCGAGAACCGCGCCCGGUUCCCGCUCGAGGUCCUCGACGCCGUGUGCGCCGCCGUCGGACCCUCUCGCGUCGGCGUGCGCCUCUCGCCGUACUCGCCGUGGCAGGGCAUGGGCAUGCCGCAGGCCGACGUCGAGGAGACGUUCUCGUACUACGUCCGCCAGGCGCGCGAGCGCCACUCGGACCUCGCGUACCUGCACUGCGUGACGGCGCGCAUGGCCGGCAUCCUCGACGUCGAGGGCGUCAAGGCCGAGCAGUCGCUCGACUUUAUCCGCGACCUGUGGGCUCCUCGACCUUUCAUCGUCGCCGGCGGCUUCGACACCGAGUCUGCGCGUGUCGCCGCCGACUCGAGGGAGGCCACGUGUGUGGCCGUUGGCCGCUGGUACAUCUCCAACCCGGACCUGCCCCGGCGAGUGCGCGAGCGCAUCCCGCUCACGCCGUACGACCGCGAGCUGUUCUACCAGAACGGGCCCGACAAGGUUCAUGGAUACAUCGACUAUCCCUUUGCACCCUGA